AAAACUAAUCGAAAUUCGAGACUGCCUUGAAAUUCUGCAGUCCUGCUCUCCGGAACCGCAAAGAACACCCGAACCCGUCACUUCGCAGCACUCAUCACAAGCCGCAAAGAUGGAGAACGACCGUGGCGAAAUCGUCGACCUUUACGUCCCCCGCAAGUGCUCUGCGACGGGCAGAAUCAUCCGGUCCAAGGACCACGGGUCGUGCCAGAUCACCGUCGCCAAGGUCGACGAGAACGGCCGCGCCAUCCAGGGCGAGAACAUCAUCUACGCUCUGUCGGGUUUCGUCCGCGCCAUGGGUGAGAGCGACGAUGCUCUCAACCGCCUCGCCCAGCGCGACGGCCUCCUCAAGAACGUCUGGAGCGCCCAGCGGUAGAUUGCUCCUGCUAGGGAUUUGGAGGGGAAGAUGAUGUGCGUUUAACGACCGGAGCCGCGACAUGAAUUAGAUGGAGGGCAGCGGGACGACGGCCGAGCAUGGAUUUGGGGCUUCUUCUUUUGGAGGGCAUCUUGCCGGUUACUCGAUGGCGUCAACGGACAUUGUCUCUCGGAACGAAUAAACUGGCAUCGUGAUCACA